AUGGAGUCAACGGCCCCCGUGAGGCCCCGUCGAGCCCCGUUGACAUCCCCCAAAGACCACGUCGGCGAGGAUCCCUGGAUUCCCCCAACUUCGGGCGGACCACGGAAGAGGGCGAGUUCAGGCCUGGAGCUCCUCCUAGAGGCCCGCGUGACCCUCGCCCUCCUCUUGAUAUUCCUCGUCGACGGCGCGAGUCCUCCUCUCACGCUGCGCCGCCCGGUCCCUCUCGUCCUGACGCGGUUCCUCCGGUGCCUCCUAUCCCCAACUUCAACUCUCCCGGCAACCAGCCACGCGUUCCUCGCUGUUUUGACCUCCCUGGCGCUGAUUCAUUCCCCAACGGAAACCGCCGUGUCAUCAACGGUAAUUGGACCCAAAGGCAACUCGAAUAACGUCCAGGUUGUCACAAUCGGAGGACGUCAAUUCCAUAUCCCAGUUGCGUUGAUGGCCCCCUACCCCAACUGGCAACCCCUCACCACCUCCAUUGAAUUCCGAAGUCGGCUAUCGAUACUCGAUCCUGAUGUCUUUGCUGUCUUACUUGAGUCAGUCGUCAACGUCGGUGGGUUUUCAGGGAUCGAGAGUGGCCUCAACCUUCCACUCCUGAUCCAGACGCUUGUCAUGGCGGUGGACUUUGACAUGAAGCAAGAGAUGGCCAGUCUCUCACUCUCCAUCUCCCGGUACAUCUGCCAGAAAAUCAUGUUCCACAAUCCUUGGGCUGCGGGGGUGGCUACUAGACUCGGACAAGAGUACUUCAAGUUCCGGUCCGCGGAGAUCUACCAGUCCUGGAAACUCCUGGACGCAAGUCCUCGAUUGGCCAGGCACAUCAACAUCGACACUGGCGAUCUCAUCAUCCUAUACGUCCACACAGUCCAUCACAACUACUGGCCCGCUCUCACCCAGAACGAGCGUGCUCCUGCGCCGUCCCACACCUUCAGCAGCUGCUGGAGAGGCUUCUUCCGCCGUACGGGAUACCUGGACAUGCCGUGGAUUGCCAAGGACAAGUACUUUCUCGAUUUCAUGUACCCACAAGCGAACGUUGCAAACGGUCCUGAACGCCCCGCCACCGAAGCCGCCCGCAAUGUCCCACCUCCCGCCAUCAUUGUACAGCCACCUGUCGAAGAGACCAAUGCCACCGAGGAGGAUCUCGACGACGAUGAUGACACUGCUGUAGAGGACCCUCCUGGCCCGCCUAACUUCAUCUGA